AUGGGAUUUGGGACUGCCCCGCAGGAGUCUACUAUGGAUAACUACGCUGUCAGUUUACUCGAUCGAAAACGGAUUGAUAAAUCAUUCGAUAAUAUUAAACAUCGACUGAUCAUAGUCUUUGAUCGGCUAAUCAGUUUCGUUGACCAACAAGCAUGUUUCGAUUACAUUGAGUCAUCCAUUGAUAUUAGCGCACCUGUAUUUGUGAUUUUCUUUCAUUACACUGAUACAACCAUCCCGACAAUCACCGGAACAAUAAAAGGAAUCUACUGGAUGGACUCGCUUACUCUGCCAUCAGCACAACAACACUUUCACCACAUCGAGCAAUUGAUCAGUGUUCUUCGUCGAGAUAUUCGAGCCUUGAUCAAUGAUUUUUCCUUCAGCAUAAUCCAAAAGUCGGUUCGACCGUUAGAUCCAAUGCAUGCUUCGUAUACAUCAUUGAUGGCAUUCCUGGAUGUUUUCAUCAGUCUCACACAUGAUGACGAUCGUCAAGUAGCACAAAAGGAUUUUUUAACCAAUUCUCGUGCUGCAUAUAUCAACAAUUCAGCACAAAUGCGAGUGAUCGAUCGAUUUGCUCAAGAGUAUCAAUCUUUUGAACAAGCCAUCGGAUGGUAUACACGUGACUCAUUUGUUUAUCGGCUAGUCAAUCGAGCAUUACACUCACAAAAUCCUGACAUAAUUCACAAAUAUCGCUUUUUUAUCAAUGAUCCUAUGCUUCAUCUUGACACUUUGCAUCAAGGAGAAAAGCGUGCUUCAGUCAAAGAAUAA